AUGGCCUUCCCUCUCCCGCGGGGCAUAACGGCCUCGGAGAUCGCCUUCCUAGCGGAGAUGGAGAUGGUGACAGUCGUGCCUCGCCAGCGCCUGGAGGGCCUAGAGCUGCUCGGGGGCCCAGUUGAACCUCUAGUCCCACCGCGACGCACCUCCCUUCCCCUCUGGUUGGCCCUCCUACUCAAACGCCAGCGCCGCGCCAAUAUAAUACCUCCCCCAUGGCUACACCCAGAAUCUCUCAGUCUCAUUCUUGAAGUUGAGUCCCAGCACCAAGACUACAAAAAUUCAUUUUCCCCGCCUCCCCCGCUACCUGGCCAACCCAGCGUCCGAGACCACGGACUCGAGCCAACUGUUCGCCCACAAUAUACACUAGACGGUAAUCGAUACUACGCGGCGCCACCAUUUCUGCCUCAAAACUCUGCGCAGACAGUGAUCUCUUCACGAGACCUGCCCGCAUUGCCAUAUCAUUGGGUUGAGGUCGGGAAUAUGCUCCUCGACGCGGCAAGCGAUGAUCUAGUGGACCCGGACCAGAUCCGUCGAUUGCUCAAAGAUCUGCGCGAAGUACGUAUGGCCAAAAUGAGGUCUGGCGUGGAUGUUCUAGACGAUGCUGCGACCGGCGGAGGCGGAGUCGCGCUGACGGGUGUCGGUGCGAUGGAACUGGGUGAAGAGCGAGGCUUCUUAGCUGGCGUGGUGGAUGGCCUUCGAAAAAUUGGCGCAUCCAAAGAACAAGCCCGCCGAGAACGGCUAGCCGAGCAAAGGGCCAACGGCGGAUACGAUGGCACCCAAGACGAAGAGGAGGAAGACUACAUGGAGUUUUAA